UCUCUCUCUGAAACACGGAAGUGUUUCCUCAGAUCGUCCGUUGGCCUGUUAGCACAGUCGAGCCCGCCCAGGUGUGGUUCGUGUGGGCUGAGGCGGGCGGUACCGACGGUACCGACGGGGUUGAAACCAAACGGACCGGGUUUCUAACAGGACUCUGUGCGCUGCUCUCACUUUCGCUGUCUGUUGGUCCAAACCGCUCCGCAGCAGAAUGGACUUUAUGUCUUCACAGUGGUGAUAAAUGGCUGAGAUCGGGUGGACAGGACGAGCACAGCGGCUUCAGGAGGCUACACCGGAUCCGACACAGACCAGGACCGAGCUGAAACUCGCACCUCUCACAGGAAGAAGUGCCUUUUUCCACAGAGCUAUCGGCUCACAGUGCCUUUGUCAGGUUUCACUGCUGUGGGUUGUCUGAAGCAAACGGCAUGCUGGGACGCUGUAAAUGUUGACCCAAACCCUCCGGAGCAGAACUCCUCUGUCUGACUCGGUUUAGCUGCUGUGUGGCUCCAGCCGGCUGUUUCACCAAUGCCUCGAUGGAAAGCGUUCUUCAGUCAGUACCUGCGAUGGUCCAGCACUGUCACUCAAGCCCUUGUCCUGUCCGUCAUCACGUUCUGCGUCAUUCUUCCUCUGUGCUGCCAUCAGCUGCUUUACUCUUACUUUUUCAUCAAGUCCAUGUACCUCGACUCCAUGAGCGAGGAGGUCCUGCGGGAACGUCUCGACCGAGGUCAGGAUGCCCUGCGCUUCUGGCAGAGCGCUUCCGUCACAGCGACGGGGUCUGAGAGAUUCAGCGACAUCGCCCAGCAUCCCGAGCUGCUGGUUACCGUGGUCACGGCGAACCGGAACGAGGGCCGGGACUUUCACUACCUGCUCCAGGUGAUGCGGCAGCUGAGUGGCAUUGUGGGAGGCUGCGGGGACCGGCGGUGUGCCGAGGUGCUGGUCUGCGAUGUGGAAAGCGGUCCCCAGGAAAACCACGACGCCAAACUGCUGGAGGCCCACUUCAGGGUGAUCCGACGUUCCCCUCAGGAGCAGCAGGUGAACCGGGAGCGAAUCAACACCUUCGAGAGGGAGAAGAGGGAUUACGUCUUUUGUCUCCACAAGGGCUGGGAGCUGGUGAAGCCCAGAAACGUGGUUGUCCUGGAGGAUGAUGCUUUGCCGAGGGAAGACUUUUUCUCAGUUGUGAAAGACCUUCUGUCACGUCGCUUUGCCCUCCAGACUCUUUAUGUCAAGCUGUAUCACCCUGAAAGGCUGCAGCGCUACUGGAACCCAGAGCCAUACCGCAUCCUGGAGUGGGUGGGGCUGGGGCUGGUCGGAGCGACGGCCCUCCUCCUCACCUUUCCUUACUGGAACCCCUGCUCUUUCUCCUUCACGCUCUCGGCCGGCCACCUCCUCUUCUUCACCCUCUACUUCAUGGCUGCCGCGGAGCUGCUGGGGCGGCACUACCUUCUGGAGGCACGGAGACUUUCCCCGCAGUUCUACGCCGUCUCCCCGGCCACCGAGUGCUGCACCCCAGCCAUGCUGUACCCCGGCAACGCCUCUCUCAGGGUGGCCAAGUAUCUGGACGGCUCUUUCUGCGUCAAGGGCAAUGCCAAAGACAUUGUUCUGUAUCACAUGGCGAGGACGGUCCCAGGGGAAAGAGCUCACAGCGUGGAGCCCAACCUCAUCACCCACAUCGGGUCCUACUCCUCAGUCAGGGCCAACCCAUCCAGGCCCAAACUCCUCUGAGAGAACCAGGAGCAGCUGGAUCACAGUGGAUCUAAUCUGAGUCUCACUCACUUGGUUCUACUUUUCUACCACUUCACCUUCAGAAGACAUCACUCAGUGAGUAUUGGUCUGGUGAUUUGCAGAACACACAUUAACGUGUGGUGGGUUUAGUAAAGGACCCGACUGAAUUGAAAAGCUAUACAACAACAGAGAGGACAGUCUUUGCCUGGUUUUGGACAAAAUGAAACUGUUCCGUUAAACACAGAGCUACGUUUUCAGUUCUGGAGCAGACGUCGUAUCAUCAUGCUGGAGAACUUCUUUAAACGGUUUUGGGAUUUUUCACUUUUUCUAUUCAGCUGAAGUGUUAAAUCCUUCUGAAUUUCUGCUGAUUCUUCUGCCUGAGUUCAUGAAACGGUAAGCAUCCAUAUCAGAGGUUCACUGUGAGUUUGACUUUUUAACAGAAUAUUUCAGCGUGCCAGUCGAUCAGGCCUCCAAACACCACGAUCAGUCUCCUGAUCAGUUGAAGUGUCAGGUUGUAGAGACUGUUUCUCUUGGCUGCACCUCAUUAGGACACAGGAGGAUGUGAACACACCCUCUGCAGGACUAACCUGAGGAAGAUGGGGUCAAAGUCUUUACAGCCCUGCAGACGCUGCCUGUCUCACUGUCUCAGUGCUGCUGGUAGAGAUACAGCGACUAAAGCAGAACCACAGUGACUGCACCUCAGCCAGCUUCCUGUGAACCUUUAAAGGAGCAGUCUGAGAUUUUACGUUAAUCGGUCGCUCACUGAUGCCGAGUUCACUUCAUAUCCACCUUAUUUACGCUUCGUGUCUUCAUAUUUACGCUUCCAGUCUUUGUGCUAAGCUAAACUUGCGUCUGACGACAGAACUGAGACGUCAGACUGUUUAACUCCAGCCUAGCAUCUCACUGACCUCUCUGAACGUGCCUUUAAUGUUUCUGACCUUGAACAUUAGUUUAAUAUUAAACAUGACUCAGCUGAAGUUGAUCUAUUGGACGAUUUGAGUGCAUUUGAUUUGUACAUACUCGUGCAUUAAAUUAAACGGAUACUGUAAGAAUUACAGGAAGCAGCUGCCAAAGUAAAACCAUCAGGCCUGUGAGAGUUCUCCAAACUGCCACCAGUGCCAUAGAAAUUACACUGGAGUUCAAACUGGUUCCUGCCAUCAGCUCAGAACCGCCAAAUUAAGAGCUGGGUUCUGACAAAUCAAAUAGAAACCAUGUGAUAAAUGAUGAAUAUUACCUGUUGUUUAAAACACAUUUGGCAGAAACUGUAACAGAAGAAACAGCAUGUUUUAAAAUGAAGUGACUUUAAGCAAAAUAUUCUGAAUCCAGAGGGAAAAUGGAUGUAAAGAGUUUAAAUAACAAAAUGACGACAUAUUCAUUGGAGCGUUAAUGUGAUGUUUCUGGAAGGUUCUACUUCCUGUUGUGUUAAAGACAUAUCCACAUGAAAAUGACCUGAUGAAUCGCGUUUUAUUUUAUUUACACACGUUUUAAAGGAAUAGUUUGACAUUUUGGGACAUGAUUCAGGCUUCCUGUUUCCUGUACCUGAACGUCUAACUCUCAGCGUGACGGAGAAAAAAAACCUCAAACUGUUUCUCAAAGGAAACGUAUCAGAUAUUUGCUCAUCGAUCAGUUUGAUAGCAGCAUGUGAUGGACAGCUC